AUGGUGGCGACUGAGUAUGAGAGAUGCGUUCGAUUCAAGGAUGACCUCAAAGAUAAUCUAAGGGUAGUGAUAGCUCCACAGAGGGUGCGAGACUUUACUGCAUUGGUUGAUAAGGCGAAGAUCACCGAGGAAGUAAAGCGCGCUGAGUGCCAGAACCGAGAAAGCGGUAGGAAUAAGAGGGAUUUGGAGCCCUCGAGUUCCGGCGAGUGUUGGAGAAGAACUGUGGCAUGUUUGAGGUGUGGUUCUCUAGAGCACCGUAUUAGAGUGUGCCCACGGAGGUCUGAUCAGAUACAAGCUCUGGGUAGUAGUACUACGCAGUCGUCAAGGGUAGUUCAUCAGCCACCGAGAGGUCAGGGUCAAGUCAGAGGUGGUAAUGGUUUGGGCCGUGGUCAGAGAGCACCAGACAGAGGUGCUAAUCAGACUGAGGCGAGGCAGCCGACUUUAGUUUAUGUUGCACAUAGUCGAGAGGAUGGGGAUGCUCCGAACAUCAUCACAAGUACAUUCUUUAUCCGUAAUGUGCCUUAUACUGCAUUGAUAGAUAUAGGAUCAACUCCUUCAUAUGUUGCCUGUUCUGUUACUGAAAACUUAGGGAUUCUGGUUGAGAGUACUUCGAGUGAAAUUACUGUAUUGAGUUCAUUAGGGCAAUUCAUCCGGGUUGAUAAGUUAUUUAAAGAUGUCCCUUUAGAGUUAGUUCGUAAAGGAUGUGAGGUGUACCUAGCUUACAUCAGUCUUUCAGAUUCUAGGGAUUCUUCGCUUAAGGAUAUCAGGACGGUUAAAGAUUUUUCAGAUAUUUUUCCUAAAGAGGUAUCUAGGUUACCUCCGAAUAUUGAAGUAGAGUUUGGGAUUGAGCUCCUUCCUAGUACAGCUCUGGUGUCUAUCGCCCCUUAUAGAAUGGCACCAAAAGAGCUUGAAGAGCUUAAGACCUAG